UAUCAUGACAUCAUGUCUUGCCACCCAGAAAACUUUCAGUGGGAACACUGGAGUUUUGAAAACGUUGCUACCAUACUUGCUCGCCGGUUCCCUAAUAGUUUUAUUUGGGUUGUAAAGUGUUCUCGAAUGCACCUGCACAAAUUCAGUUGUUAUGACAACUUCGUGGCGAGCAACAUGUUUGGGGCACCAGAGCACAGCACUGACUUUGGAGCUUUCAAGCAUCUCCAUGCAUUGCUAGUUAAUGCAUUCAGACUCUCUCAGAAUAUUCUGCUGUCCCAAAAAAGUGUGCAUGGUGUCAGUAAGGAUGCAAACAUAGCUGCUUGUAAAUCACAGCCACAGCCUGUUCCUAGAACAAAUGGCUGCUCAUCCACAGAAAGAGAGAGAGAUUGUGAAUGCUCUAAUAAUGCUGCUCUGAACUUCAUGAUACCGUCUGCUGUAGGUGCAGUGUCGUUUACUUUGAUUGGCUUCAGUAAAGGCUGUGUGGUUUUGAACCAGCUGCUUUAUGAGCUGAAGGAAGCGAAAAAAGACAAGAAUACAGAUGCCUUCUUAAAAAACAUAAAAGCAAUUUACUGGUUGGAUGGUGGUCACUCGGGAGGAAGCAAUACUUGGGUUACAUACCCUGAAGUGCUGAAGGAACUUGCGCAGACAGGAAUUGAAGUUCAUGCUCAUGUUACACCCUACCAAGUGUUUGACACAAUGAGGUUAUGGAUUGGGAGAGAGCAUGAGAAAUUUGUACGGGUACUUGAAGAAUUUGGUGUGGAAAUAAAUGAUCAACUACAUUUUGCUGAUGAUGUUCCCUCCUUAGAUAACCAUUUCAGAGUUCAUGAAGUAUUUUGAGACUGUAUGUAUCUGAAUAGUAUAUUCAUUGUAAAAGCACUUUUGACACUGUAAAUGUCAUCAUCUAGAUUUACUGCUUUGAGCAAAUGCUUUCUGAAGAGAAUACUAAGUCAGUCCUGCGUUGCUGAUAGAUACUACGUAUAAAUUUCAGUAGCUUGAAAAGGAGGAUUGGAAACCCCAUACCUACAACAGAUGUUGUCAUUUGAUUCCUGGAAAAAAGGUGUUAUGAUGAACUAUCCUAUACAUGGUUUUUUG